AUGCCCUUUUCUCGGACGCCACGGCUUUGCAACGCCAAGUCCAUCCAAUUCGGUGGCACGGCCCGGGAGUUGAUGCUGAGGGGCAUCGAGCGCAUUGCCACCGCGGUCGGGGUCACCCUCGGGCCGAAAGGCCGCAACGUGAUCCUCCGCCAACCCAACGGGGAUCCGAAGAUCACGAAGGACGGCGUCACCGUCGCCCGGGCGGUUGAAUUUCACGACCAAUUCGAGGACCUCGGCGCGCGGCUGAUUCAACAGGUCGCGGUGAAGACGAACAACGUCGCGGGGGACGGCACCACCACCGCGACGAUCCUCGCCUGGAGCAUCUUCGCGGAGGGCUACAAAAGCGUCGCGACCGGGGCAAACCCGAUGGACCUCAAACGCGGCAUCGACCUCGCCGUUGGGAUUUUGCAGGAGGGGCUGCGGGAGCAAACCCGCCCGGUGACGGACCCCGCCACCCUCCGCAGCGUCGCCACGAUCAGCGCGAACGGGGAGCGGCGGAUGGGCGAGCUCAUCGCGGAGGUGGUAGGGGGGGUCGGCUCCGACGGUUUCAUCGCCGUGCUCAGUGGGAACUCCACAACCACGCGGUGGGCUCGUCAUGACGGGUGGAGCACGGAGCGGGGGUUUCUUUCUGGUGAGCUCGUUACCGACCCCGCGAGGCUCCUCGUGCGGCUGGAAGGGGCGUUGGUAUUUGUCAGCGCGGGGCCGCUUGCGGGGGUGGGGGAGGUUGUCCGGCUGCUCGAGGCCGCGCACGCGCGGGGGCGGCCGCUCGUGGUGGUCGCCCCCGCCUUUUCGGAGCCGGUCCUACAGACGAUUAUUUGCAAUCAUCAAAACAACGUCGUCCGGUGCGGCGUCGUGGUCGUUCCCCAUGUCGAGGAGGACGAGCUGCAGGACAUCGCGGCGCUCUGCAGCUGCGCGGUGGAGAAGGCGAGCUCCAUUCUCAACGUCGACGACGUUCACUGCCUCCUCGGAAACGCCAAACUCGUGGAGCAGACGAUGGAUAGCACGACGAUCGACGGGGGCGCGGAUGUGUCGGAUCGCAUCCACCUCCUCCAGAAUCGUCUGGAGCGGCUGGUGAUCGAGGAGGAGCGAGAAAAGAUGCGUGAGCGGAUUUCCAAGCUAAAGCGUGUUUACGCCGUUAUUCGUGUCGGUGGGCGAUCGGAGAUUGAGAUUAGCGAAUCGAAAGACCGCGUCAUUGAUGCCCUCAACGCCUCACGCAAUGCUCUGGUUGAGGGUGUUGUCGCUGGGGGCGGUUCUGCGCUGCUGCAUGCAUCGAAAAGGCUCGAUGAGCUGCUUCUUAACGAUGAUGAGAUGGAGCAGGAUCGGCGGAUGGGCAUUCAGAUUGUGCGUAACGCGGUGCGGCUUCCGCUCAAGAUGAUCAGUGAAAACGCGGGCGAGGAGGGUGCCGUCAUCGUCGAGAACGUUUUGGAGUACCAGGAUCCCGCGAUGGGGUACGACGCACAGAAUGGACGCUACGUUAACAUGUUUGAGGCUGGUAUUCUGGAUCCCCUGCAGGUCGUGAACUCGUGCAUUGUCGACGCCGCCUCAAUUGCGGGGUUAAUGAUCACAACGGAGGCUAGUGUGUGCGACUACACACCAAAUAUGGACCUGGAGUAG